AUGGAGUUCCACAGAGCUCUAUUUUCCACCCCCCGCCCCAUGUUUUUUAACAUCCACAGGAAAAAUCUUGGAGAGGUCAUCCAGAAGUUUAGACUGAAAUAUAAUCAGUAUGCUGAUGACUCAGCUCUACCUCUCAUUUUCAUCAUCUCUAGGAGACAUUCUAUCAAUUGCACCACAACCGAUGAUCCUCUCCCUAUUCCACAUAAAUUCUACCAGUCAGGGGAUGUUCUUAUUGGAGGGAUUGUUUCUCAGGUCUUCUUCCUCCAUAAUAUCCUUUCAUUUGUGGAACAGCCUUCACAGACACGGCUCGGUGAACCGAUUUCUGUGCCCAAGAACUACCAACAUGUCCUGGCCUUGGCAUUUGCUGUGAAGGAGAUCAAUGAGGAUCCACGAAUCUUACCCAAUAUCACCCUGGGGCUUCACAUCCUCAAUAGUUACUACACACCAAGGAUGACCUUCAAGGCCAUCCUGAACCUGCUUUCCACACAGCACAGGUUUGUUCCCAACUUCAAGUGUCACAACCAGAAUAAUGUGAUUGCUCUCAUUGGAGGAUGCCUCUCUGAAAUCUCUGCCAGUAUAGCUAUCCUUUCAGCUACUCAUAAGACACCACAGCCAUUCGGAUACCGCAAGUUUGUGCAGAUGGUUAGACCUUCUUGGGCCAAAGGAGAUGGAUUCAUCCAUGACUUCUGGGUGCAUGCAUUCAACUGUUUACUAAGCAUGGCUGAUGUGACGCAGGAAGACAAAAAGACCUGUUUAGGGAAUGAGAAGCUGGAGACACUUCCUGGAAUCUUGUUUGAAAUGAACAUGACUGGUCACAGUUAUAAUGUCUACAAUGCUGCCUACGCUGUGGCACAUGCUUUGAAUGCAGAAUAUGACUCCAGUUUCAAACACAGAAAAUGGCUCCACCACUUUCUAAGAAGCAUCUCAUUCAAUAACACUGCUGGAGAAACUGUGCAUUUUAAUGAAAAUGGAGAGUUGGUUGCAGAGUUUGAUGUUACCAACUGGCUGAUGUUCACCAAUGGAUCAGUGGUUAGAUUAAAAGUUGGAAACCUGGACCCCCAGGCUCCUGCAGGACAAGAGUUAACCAUUCAUAAUGACCAAAUCAGGUGGCAUGCAAGCUUUAAUCAGGCUCUGCCACUUUCUGUGUGCAAUGACAACUGCUAUCCAGGAUACAGCAGGAAAAAGAGGGAGAGGGAGCCAUUUUGCUGCUAUGACUGUGCUGCAUGUCCAAAAGGAUUGAUCUCCAAAAGGAAGGACAUGGAUGCCUGUGUCAAAUGUCCAGGAGAGCAGUAUCCCAGCAAGGAAAAAUCCCAAUGCAUCCCCAGGGAUCUCAGCUACCUCUCUUAUGGAGAUGCUCUAGGGAUCGUCUUGAUUUUAUUAGCUAUUUGUUCCUCAUCCACUACAGCUCUGGUGCUAGGAAUUUUUCUCAAGCACAAGGACACCCCCAUAGUUAAAGCCAACAACCGAAGCAUCACCUACAUCCUUCUCAUCUCCCUCCUUCUCUGUUUCCCAUGCCCCUUGCUCUUUAUUGGGCAACCAGGAAAGGUGACCUGCCUUCUCCGACAGGUGGUUUUUGGCAUUAUCUUCUCUGUUUCCCUUUCCAGCAUCUUGGCCAAAACCAUCACUGUGCUUCUGGCAUUCAUGGCCACCAAGCCAGGCUCCAGGAUGAGGAAACGCAUGGGGAAAGGACUGGCCAAUUCUAUUUCACUUUCUGGCUCCUUAAUUCAAGCAGCAAUUUGUGCACUUUGGCUGAGCACGACCCCUCCAUUUCCAGAUGUGGACAUGCAUUCACUGGAUGACAAAAUCAUUCUGGAAUGCAAUGAGGGCUCUGCUGCCAUGUUUUAUUGUGUCUUGGGUUACUUGGGAUCCCUGGCUAUAGUCAGCUUCAUUGUGGCUUUCCUAGCCAGGAAGUUGCCCAACAGUUUUAAUGAGGCCAAGUUCAUCACUUUCAGCAUGCUGGUCUUCUGCAGUGUGUGGUUGGCCUUUGUUCCAGCCUACUUGAGCACCAAAGGGAAGUACGUGGUGGCUGUGGAGAUCUUUGCCAUUUUGUCAUCCAGUGCUGGGCUGCUGGGUUGCAUCUUUGGCCCCAAAUGCUACAUUAUUGUCCUCAGGCCUGAACUGAACCACAGGGAGCACCUAAUACGAAGGAGGAACUGA